GAUAUUUCAAAAUGGGCAAUAAUUUUAGGACAGAGGGAGUAUUGAUUAAAGGAUGGGAUGAUAAAAGGGCUAAAAGAGAGUUAUUAAAUCACAAUUAUUCUACUGGAUUAUAACAUCAUUAUUUCAUAAUAUUAUGAUGAUCAAUGUUAUCAUGAACAUCAUUUGAUGAAAGCAAAAUCCGAAACCAGUUACUGUAUUUCAAUAUUUACGAAUGAAUGAUCACCAAAACAAAAUGUCUAUAGUCUGUAAUUAACAAUUGGACGAUCAUAAAUUUCAAUAUCCGUAUCUUAAAAGUGUAUCUCCAAGAUUAAUAACACUUGGAAGGUCAAGUAAAAAUGGGAGAACUGGAAUUUCUUUUUCUAAUAUCUCAUAUUGUCUUUUUUUAAAUUUCCAAAAAAUAUAUUUUGAAAAGUCAGCAUAAAAAUAAAUUUAACUGGUCAAAUAAAAUAGUACAUGAGUUGGGAUUUUGACAAUCUUGCUAAUAAACAGCGCAUAUUUUUAGUAAUAAUUUUUACUAUUUAUUUGCCACCAAUUUUAUUAUUUCAACCCAAUCGAAAAAUCCCAAAAAUGAAAAAGACAAACGUCAUUUCUCAUAGUCAUAUGUUUAUGUCCUGGUUCAGUUGUUGGGUUGCACAAUUAGCGAAGCCUGCAUUCAUUUUCCCUUCAUUUUAAAGAAAGAAAAGGGCUUCCAUCUCUCUCUCUCUCAGAAUCUUGGUCCUUCCUUUUAGAUUUGCCUGCACGUGGUUUUGCACAAUUCAUGUCCAAUCCAUUCCUCAUCAAAGAAAAGGGGAGCAACUUUCUUGUUUUCACCAUUUGUUUGAUACACUCAAUAAUCUUCUCCACUUGCCCAAUUCCUAAAUUUGUUGGCCCUUCCUUUUCUUUAAAGUGAGUAUCUUUUUCACUUUCUAGUCCUGUAUCUGCUGCUGUUUUACCCUUGAAUUGGGAGUUCACGUCUGGGUUUCAUUUGGGUUUUUGGUGGAAGAGGAGAGACUUCCUUCCAUUUCUGUUUUGAUGGGUUUUUGUUAUUUUUUUCGAUGAUUUUGAGAUUUUCCGCUGUGGAGGAGAAUUGUGUUCUCGGUGAUUGAUGACUUUGUUCUGUCUGCUCAGGUACUGUAAACCCAGUUUCGCAUUGUAGUCUCCUUAAUUGGUAUUUGGGGGUUCAAUAUUAGCCCUAUUGUUCAUUCUUUGGCUCGCUGAGUAGCUUUUGAUGUAAUGACAGAGGCUUUACACCUUGUGGUAGAAGGUUUCUGUAAUGUGUAGGUUUUGACCAUGGAUUGAUCAAGUCUGCAUUUUUUCGGAAUCUUGAAGUAUGCUAAUUUCCAUUGCUGUCUUCUUUUGUGUUCUUCUUUGGAAUUUGCGGGUUAUGAUUCAUUAAAAGGUGCAAAAUUGUUUGGGGAAACUAGGUUUUCUGAUUGUUUUGGAAGAAAAAGGGGGUAGGAAAUGGACAUUUGGGUUGUUGCAGCAGCUGCGGGUGCUGGAUAUGUAGCUCAGCACUGCAAAAGUCUUGUAAAGGGUAGGCAUAGCUUCUCGGAAUCUUCUUGUAGGAGUCAUAGUAUUAGAACCGAGUCAUCAUCCUCUAUCACUCAGCAGGUGAAGGAUAACAAGUCUUGUCCUGGCAGUACAGUGCAUAGUUUUAGGCACGAUGAAGAAACGUGUUCUGACAUGCCAAUGCUGUCGCGAGCUACUUCCUUGGGAAAAGAGGCAUCUUCUAGUUACUUAGAGUGUCUGACUCAUGAGGCAUCUACUGAUUGCUCAAAUCCUUGUUCUUGUUCGGGCUCAAAUUUGGUGCCUGGGAUCCCAAGCUACGAAGUUAGAUAUUGUGGUGAUGUAGGUGGGAGUGAUAGGGACUAUUCCAUGCUCCCUUCGACAAGAGAGGUUGUUAAAUAUGGUUUUAAAAGAAAGAAAAGCAGUCUUAGGAGUAGACAAGCCAAUGCGAAAUUAUUACAGCCUGUAAACUCGUUGGAAAGUUGUCUGAUGGCUCAGCUGUACAGAGGCCAAACUGAAGUGGAAGAUUAUAGUGAAACCUCUAUGACUCCACCUUGUAGUCCUACUGUCAGGCAGUUUUCAGUGACACGGCAUGGCAGGAGCAUUAGUAGACCAACCCGUGAUUCUUCCAAUUUGCCCGUUGGAUCUUUGAGAAAUAAGUUACAGAAGGAUAGUAAUCUACCAGGUGCAAGGAUGAUACUUGGAGUUCCACAACUACCUAGUGUCGGGUCUGAGAGAUUGCAGCAAAGAAGGAAAACUCAAACGGCUUUUGGCAUGAUGGAAAAGAACCAACAGCUGCAAGGAUUUUCACACGGUGCAUUACUUUUCUGUUUGGGGAUGUCGAUUGGAUUAAUAUCGUCGGUCCUUAAUAAUAAACGAGAAGUCGACAACUUGAGCAACUUGUUGAAACAAACGGAGAGUUUGGUUCAAGAUUUACAGGAGGAACUGGAGAUGAAAGAUUCAUUAACUGUCAAAGAACUUGCAGUGGAAGACUGUGAAUCACAAGAUACACAGAAUGGCGCUUUUCACAAUGGGCCUUUAGGAACCUGUUCACCUGAUGAGAAGUUGCAGGAUCAGCUCUCUGAAAAUAAUACUCAAAAAGUGGAGGAAGAAUCUUUCAGCAAAAUUGAAGCUGAGCUCGAAGCUGAACUCGAGAGAUUAGAAUUAAACAUUAGUUCCCAUGGAUUGGACAAAAAGAUACAGAAUCUUUCUGAGGAUGCAGAUUAUGUGCCACAUGCAGUAGCAGGAGAGCUCAAUGCUGACAUCCUUGGUCAGCAUAGUGGCCCCCAACCUUACGCCGAUAGGGAUGGAAGUGGCAGCUCUACCCCACGCUCGGUCCAUUAUGCAGUCUCCCCUAGGGAACUGACCUUGCGACUGCACGAGCUUAUUCAGUCGAGACUGGAGAAACGUGUCGAGGAGCUUGAAAUUGCGUUGCAGAACAGUCAAAUGAAGGUUCAAUAUAUGGAAUCGCAGAAUGCAAGUUAUUUGAGAGAGUUGUCAAGCAGAAGGUCGAGGUAUUACAAGAAUGGAAGUCCAGUUGUAGUGGAAGAAAGUCGUGCAAUUGCAGACCAACCUGUAGUUAUAAACUUAUCAGAGGAAGCCCUUGACGACGAAUACACAAAGAUUAAUGAACUUGAUGAAGAGGAUGCUCCGGUUCUUGGCAAAAACGACCAUAAAAAUGAAAUCUUGCUGGCUACAGAACAAAAGAUAUACUGGGCCCGUGAUACUCGGGAGAAUGAUGAAAUGCAAACGAAGUCAUUCACCGAAAGACUGAUGAUGUCAAUGAAGCAAGAACCCGGCGAUGCUGACAAGUAUUUGUCAAACGGUCUUUUAACAGUCACCGAAGAUCAUGAAGAUGACAUCAAUGGUUAUGAUGAGAUGGAGGAGCUUUUGAUUAAACAUAUUGUUGAGCAAGCCCGGAAAGGGUCUCCCGUAGUUUUGAAUGCUCAAAUGGCAUUGAGUUCAUCACCUGACGAAGAAAAUGAAGAACACCCACGGUAGAAAGAUAGAUAAGAAAUAGAGUAGUUUUAAGAGCAUGUAUAAUUUGAUUCAGUUAGAAAUGAUGACUUCAAAGAAUUUAUACUUAUCAUAAUACGCUUAGAGCUAAAGAGACAAUAAGUAUGAAUGGCCAACAAGGAAGUUGAAAUGAAUCCUUUUAUGGAUUGCUUCUUUAUAUCUUUUGCUACUUUCUUUGUCCCAAAGGGUGAAACUAAU